AUGAAGGUCUCCGCGCUUCUGCUCUCGUGCGCUGUCGGGUCAGCCAUUGCCGCUCCUCAGCUGCAGGCAAGGGCCGAAGACAAGUUCACCGAAGGACAGCCCAUUAGCAAGACUGGGAAAGGCGGCCCCAUCAACGGCGGCACCAACCACCAGCUGGACUUGCAAAACCCGGACAACCUGGGCCGACAGUCGACGGACAAUGGCGUCGUCCCGAACCUGAAGUGGAGCUUUUCGGAUUCCAAGACGCGUAUCCUCAAGGGCGGUUGGGUUCGCGAGCAAGUGAUUCAGGACUUGCCGCAGAGUCACGACAUCUCGGGUGCGCAGCAGCACCUGAAGAAGGGCGCCAUUCGCGAACUGCACUGGCACCGUGUUGCGGAGUGGGGUAUCGUCUACGCCGGCAAGGUGAAGCUCUCCGUCGUGGAUGAGAACGGCGUGUACCAGGUUGAGGAACUCAACUACGGCGACAUCUGGUACUUCCCCAAGGGCACGGCGCAUACCAUUCAGGGCCUCGCGGACGAGAACGAGUAUCUCCUCGUCUUUGACGACGGCGACUUCGACAAGGUUGGCACUACAUUCAACAUCGAUGACUGGAUCGCCCACACCCCCAAGUCCGUCCUCGCCAAGAAUUUCGGCGUCGACGAGUCCGUCUUCGACGACGUCCCCUCGCCCAACCCGUACAUCAUCAACGCGACGGUCAGCACGCGCAACGUGACCGAGACGCCCAGCACGCCCGUCGCCCGCGGCAACAGCUCCUUCGUCUACCGCACUCUCCAGCACAAGCCCGAGAAGAUUGGCGGCGACGGCGGCGAGUUCCACAAGAUCGACUCGACCAACUUCCCCAUCAGCAAGACCAUUGCGGCGACGUUUGUGACGCUCAAGCCUGGCGGUCUGCGCGAGCUGCACUGGCACCCGAACGCUGAGGAGUGGCUGUACUUUCACAAGGGCAAGGCCCAGGCGACCGUCUUCAUCGGCAACGCCAACGCUCGCACGUUCGACUUUAGCGCUGGCGACACAGCCGUCUUCCCUGACAACUCGGGACACUACAUUGAGAACACGUCCAAGGACGAGGACCUCAUCUGGGUCGAGAUCUACAAGUCGGACCGAGUCGCCGACAUCCCGCUCACCCAGUGGCUUGCGCUGACGCCCGCGGACCUCGUGGCGCAGACGCUCAAGGUGCCCAUUGAGUUUGUCGAGAAGCUCAAGAAGGACAAGCAGGUCCUCAUUGGGUAA